AUACUUGUAUACGGGGACAAUAGUAUCACUUGAGAAGCAGUCCCCUUCGUUCAUUAUCGAUUUAUUAUGUGCGGCAGAUGAGUUGAUCCUUCUAGAAAUGAUUUCAUACGUGGAAAAUCAAUUUCUUUUACAUCAUUAUACUUAUUUAAACGAAAAUUUUUUAGAUAUUGUAACAAUCGCGUUUCAACAUGAACCAUGGAAAAGGUUACAAGAAUUCUGUUUGGAUCAUAUUUGUCCAAAUCCUUCAAUAAUUUUAACGUCAACAAAUUUUCUCUCAUAUUCUGAGGCGAUCUUUUCAGGAAUUUUACAACGAGAUGAUUUAGUGAUGAAAGAGAUUGAUGUGUGGGAUAUGCUCUUAACAUGGGGAAUAAAUCAAGAACCUCGUUUAGGAGAAUAUGGUGAAGGGAAUAUGAUUAGCCAGAUAGUUGAAAAGUGGUGUGACGAAGAAUUUGAAACUUUAAGGAAUAGAUUAAAGAAUUGUAUUCAAUUUGUAAGAUUUAGUGAUAUUUCCCCUGAAGAUUUUUUCGUCAAGAUUAGACCUUUAAAAAAUAUAUUUCCCGAAGAUUUAUAUGAAGAAAUUUUAUGGAAAUUUAUUAGCCCAAGAAACGUUAUAUUCGAGAUAUCUUCUUCAUCCGCUGAUACACAUUUAAUCAAUUAUGGUCAUUUGUUACAACCUUCUCGUCCUUCUCCUAUAGAUUCAUUCAUAAUUAAUUUGAAACAUGCAGCAUUUAUUGCAAGCUGGUGGGGCGGGAAUGACUUGAGAGCCUGGGGAAGUUUUAAUGCUGAUUGUUGUCAAUGUGUUCAUUAUAGGUAUGAAAAUGCCGUUAGAAAUAAUCCUGAUUUAUUUUCGGCUGAGGAAUUUGAAGUUUUUCAAUUAGUUAAAAGAAUUUAA